GAACGCGGCGACGAAGACACGACGGAUUCUAACGCCUCAUGACACUUUAAGGUCGAUGUUGGGCCGUGGUGUGAAGCGGAAGUGGAGCUGCCUGGAGGAGCUGGAGGCCGAGACCCUCCGUGCUGCAGAGAAGGAGCAGAAUGUGGAGGGCGAGGCCGGGUUCCUCGCGGCUCCGUCCAAGUCCGACCUGAGCCACCUGCAGCAGCGUCAGCUGGUGCUCGGCCUCUGCAUGGAGAAGCUCCGGGGCUACCAGGCCGGCAUGGAGCUCAGCCUGCGUCGCUCCGUGCUGCUCAUCAACACGCUGCGGCAGAUCCAGGAGGACAUGCAGAGCGACGGGGCGUCGGAGGCGCUGCUCCUCCACGGCGUCCACCGCGAGUCCUGCCUCCUCGGGGACGAGUUCGGAGAGGACGUGCCGCUUACGUGUCUCAGGUGUGCGGAGGACGACGUGGACAACUUGUCUCCGUCUCCUCCGCUGUCUCCAGAAUUCUCUUCUCAGGAGGCCGACGGCUUGUCCGUCCAGCAGAAAUCACUACCCGCUGCUGCGGCAAUCAACACUUUUAGCGACGCCGUAAACGCUAUGGGCUACCUGGGCGACCUCGCCCUGGACAUGGACAUCUUCGAGGACAUUGACACGUCGAUGUACGAGACUUCGGAUCUGCCCUCCAGCUGGGCGGCGGGCUCCCUGUGGCCCGUCAGUGUGUCGCUUUGGGCCGACGAGGACGUGAAAACGCGUUCCCCCGGCCACGGCGGAGCCGGGAGUCUCCAGUCGUGUCGGAUGGACCUGAACGAGCUGGACCACAUCAUGGAGAUCCUGGUGAAGACCUGAUCCUGAAGCACGAACUCCUGAACAUCUACUGCACACAAACAGUCUGAUCACAGCUGAGGGGGCUGACCGUUGAUCUUUAAGGCUCGGUUGAAAAUUCGAUUUAAUUCUUGACACAUAACUAAUUUAUAAGAAACCAACAUCAUCAUCGCUAUAGAGGAGGAAUCUGGUUUCAGAUAUCUCAUGA